AUGGGAUUAACAAGAAAUGGAGAGCACAAAAGAAAAAACACUGGAGGAAAGAAAUCAGUGAGAAUCAGUAGAAAGAAGCAUGCCAUUGCUAGACAGCCAGCAAGUACUAAAGUUGGAGCAACUAAGGUCAAACAGCUCAGAGUCCGAGGAGGAACAUACAAGAUGAGAGCCCUGCGAUUGGCAAGCGGAAGUUUCUCUCUUAAGACCCACAAUGUUACAAUGAAGUGUGCCAUCACACAGGUGGUCUACCACGGAAGUAACAACGAGUUAGUAAGAACUAACACGCUAACCAAAGGAUGCGUUGUAAAGCUAGACCCAACUGGAUACACUCCAGUAAUAGAGAAGAUUCUUGAGGCUGAGCAGGAUAUUCAGGAGAUAGAUCCAGUGUUUGUUCAAGAAUUCAAGCAAGGAAACAUAUACGGUGUAAUUUCUUCAAGACCUGGACAGUCUGGAAGCGCCGAUGGUCACAUCCUGCAGUCUGAGGAGCUUAGCUUCUAUCUUAGCAGAAUGAAGAGUCACAAGCAGAAAAAAUAA